AUGAUUUUAGGAACAUGGAAUACUCGUAGCCUCUAUAGAACAGGAGCACUCGAGGCGCUCUGUCAGGAGACGAUGAGGUACAGAAUCGACGUGCUGGCUGUUCAAGAGACCCGAUGGACUGGCGAGGGGGUAUACGAUACGAGAACGCAUACGAUUCUGCACAGUGGAAACAAGGACCGACAUGAACACGGAGUUGCAUUCCUGGUAGACCGGAGAUUUAAAGACAGAAUCCUGAACUUCACAGCGAUAAACGAAAGAGUAUGCGUGAUAAGGCUGAAAACAAAGUUUUUCAAUUUGUCCAUCAUCAACGCACACGCGGAAACGGAGGAAAAGGACGAAGUCACCAAGGACAACUUCUACAGCGGACUGGAACAAGCCUUCGAUACAAUACCGUCAAAUGACAUCAAAAUGGUAAUAGGCGAUCUCAACGCAAAAAUUGGAAAGGAACUAACAAUCGAGACAUCGUGGGACUGCAUAGCCUGCAUGAGGAAUCAAACGACAAUGGCCUACGCGUCAUAG